ACAUCGAGGGAGACUUAGGGUACUUUGGCUGGUCACGAUGAUCGUGUACGUGUUGUUAAUUGCGCUGUGCGCACUCGCUGUACGCUUUGUCGCAUUCCGUUACCACAUGUACCGCACCAUAGGGCACAUUCCCGGACCGCCCGUAAACUUUCUCUUCGGAAACACGCUGGAACUGGUGCGGUACGAUACGCACGUGUUUUUCGAAAAGUUGAUGGAGUAUUUCAACCGCUACGGAACGAUCAUACGGCUCGAUAUGCUCAACAAGUGCUGGAUCGUGUUUUCUUCGGUGAAUGAUGUUGAGCGCAUCAUCUCGUCCAACGAGUUUAAUCGUAAAUCGCUAGAUUACGGCAUCCUGGAUGAGUGGUUAGGCAACGGCAUACUGCUCGACCAUGGCAACAGCUGGUUCACGAACCGUCGCGCACUGACCGGUGCAUUUCACUUCAAGAUACUGGACAGCUACGUGCCGGUAUUCGAGGAACAGGCGGACGUGCUGGUAGGUAAGCUGCUGAAAAAUGGAGGAGCAACGGUGGAUGUUUUUGCGCUGGUCAAACUGUACACACUGGACGUCAUCCUGGAAACCUCGAUGGGUGUUCGAUGUAGAGCGCAGGUGGAAGAUUCCGAUUACGUUCGAGCGGUUUCAAAUCUUUCCCGAAUCACCUUCUGGCGGAUGUACAAUGCGAUGGGAUUCUCGGACUGGACGUUCCGUUUGACCAAGCACAACAAAACAUACCGCGAAUCGAUUCGUAUCAAUCGAGACUUUACCACAUCCGUCAUCAAGCAGCGCCGUGCGGAACUACUUGCAAGGACCACAACUGCAUCUGAAGCCGAAAUGAAACCGGAAAAGGGACGGCUUUCCCUGCUGGACAUACUGCUGCGUUCCGACAUUACCGGCCGUCAGUUUAGUGAUGAAGAAGUCUACAGUCAAGUGAACAAUUUCAUGUUUGCGGGUCACGAUACAACUUCCAGCGCGAUCACAUUCAUCCUGUACGCUUGCGCCAAACAUCCCGAUGUGCAGCAGCGCGUGUACGAAGAGAUAUGCACCGAAAUACCGCCCGAGGAACCGGUCACUCAGCAGCGCAUCAACAAUCUGAAGUAUCUCGAGCUGGUGAUCAAAGAGUCACUGCGAAUGUUUCCCCCGGUGCCGUACUAUUCGCGACACAUUGACCGCGAUACUACGGUGGGUGGUGUCCGGCUGGAGAAAGGGGCAACGAUCGUGUUCGGAGCGUACAUGAUGCAUCACAACCCGGAAUACUUCCCCAACCCGGACGAAUUUCGCCCCGAGCGGUUUGAGGAUGCUGGCGACGCGAAACGGAACCCGUUCGUUUACAUUCCGUUCAGUGCUGGCAGUCGAAACUGUAUUGGUAAGUGGGCGUUCCUCCCUUCCUGCACGUCUGAUCUACAUUCCCGCGCUAUUUUUUUAGGACAAAAGUUCGCUUUAAACGAGCUUAAGACGGCUCUGGUGAAAAUAUUGCGCCAAUGCAAGGUGGUGCUACCGGAUCCAGAUUUUGUGCUCAAAAUGAAGAUGGAGCUGGUGCUGAAGCCCGUCAACGGGAUGCCUCUCCGAUUUUUGGACCGGAAAAGCCUGAGCGUUUAAACGAUAAACGAAACUUUUCUUACUAGACACGGGUGGUAUGGGAAUCUCUGUUACACUUACUCUUAAAUAAUUAAUGAAGUUUCUUUAAAGUAUUAUUACCACAGCAUCUUACUUUUUUUUGGUACGGCACUUUUAAGCAAAUAAACCAGCUGUAACAACCCUGAAAA